UUAAUGAGCUGCUUUCUUUUUCUUUUUUUUUUUCCCUUUGAUCUUUAGGGGUUGGACUUGAUGAUCCUUGUGGGUCCCUUCCAACUCAGGACAUUCUAUGAUUCUAUAGCUGUCUCCAAAAGAAUAUUUUCAAGUACACAAAGCAAUAGGCAACAGUGCUAAGAUCCUGAUGACAAUACACCAAGAACAAGAAUGGAAGUAAAUUUAUUCAGCAAUUCUACUGUUGUAAACAGUUCAUCCAUCAACCAUAAGCAGCUACAAGGGCAUAGUCUCUGGGAAGUCAUUACUAUUGCCACUGUAACUGCAAUUGUAAGCUUAAUAACCAUAGUGGGAAAUAUUCUUGUAAUGAUAUCCUUCAAGGUUAACAGUCAGCUCAAAACUGUCAACAAUUACUACUUGCUCAGCCUUGCCUGUGCAGACCUUAUCAUUGGAAUAUUUUCUAUGAACCUUUAUACAUCCUACAUACUCAUAGGCCAUUGGUCUCUUGGAAGCCUUGCCUGUGACCUGUGGCUAGCCCUGGACUAUGUAGCUAGCAAUGCCUCAGUAAUGAACCUCCUAGUCAUCAGUUUUGACAGAUAUUUUUCCAUCACAAGGCCUUUAACUUACAGGGCCAAGCGCACGCCCAAAAGAGCUGGCGUCAUGAUUGGUCUUGCUUGGCUGAUUUCCUUCGUGUUGUGGGCACCCGUAAUCUUGUGCUGGCAGUAUUUUGUGGGUGAACGAACAGUACCACCUGAAGAGUGCCAGAUACAGUUUUUAUAUGAGCCCAUUAUCACCUUUGGUACUGCAAUUGCUGCUUUUUACAUUCCAGUGUCCGUGAUGACCAUUCUGUAUUGCCGCAUCUAUAAAGAGACGGAGAAACGAACCAAGGACCUUGCUGAACUGCAGGGUUCGGAGUCUGUGGCAGAGUUUGAGAUGAUAAAGCCUCAGAAAGCUCUCCUGAAGUCUUGCUUCAGUUGCAAGCAACAAAAUUUAGUCAAAAGAGAGAGGUGUCAGGCUUCCUGGUCUUCAUCCAGUCGAAGUACGUCAGCGACAGUGAAAGCCUCUCAGGCAGCGAGUACGUGUAACGACUGGGCUAAGGCUGACCAACUAACCACCUGCAGCAGCUACGCAUCUUCAGAAGAGGAGGAUAAACUUGCUGCUGAUUCCGUUUUCCAAGUAACUUACAAAAGUCCAUCUAAAGGUAAGGGAGAAGAGUUUGAUGAGAGUAUGGAUGUUGUUGUCAAAGACCAACCUGAAGAAAAUGAUUUUGAGAACCAGAAAUACUUUUUGUCACCUGCCAAAGGCCACGUACAAAAAAGUAAAAAAUGUGUGGCCUAUAAAUUCCGGUUGGUGGUUAAGGCUGAUGGCACCCAGGAAGCCAACAAUGGUUGCCAUAAAGUAAAAAUAACUCCUUGUUCUGCUGCUCUGUCAAAAGAUCCUUCCAUCAAAAGCAUGGAUCCAAAUAUAAGUAACCAAAUCACGAAAAGGAAACGGAUGGUUCUUAUAAAGGAACGCAAAGCAGCACAGACUUUAAGUGCUAUUCUUUUGGCUUUUAUCAUCACUUGGACUCCCUACAAUAUCAUGGUUUUGAUCUCCACAUUCUGCUCUGACUGCAUUCCCCUGACACUGUGGCACCUUGGAUAUUGGCUCUGCUACGUGAACAGCACUGUUAACCCCAUUUGUUAUGCCCUCUGUAACAAAACUUUCAGGAAAACUUUUAAGAUGCUGCUUUUCUGCCAGUGGAAAAAAAAAAAAGUGGAAGAGAAACUAUACUGGCAGGGCAAUACCAGACUGCCGUAAUUGCUCCUACUUAAGGGAUAAGGGAGAAAAUAGAUAAUGACAUAACCUAGUAAAUUGACUGUAAUUCUGUCUUUUCAAAGCUGUUGCUUUAUAUGUCUAGAGGUUAAAAAAAAAUUCUCCAGAAAAGUAAAAUUUUGCAUGAAAGUAGUGUGCUUGGGAUAAAGAAGUCAGUGGCUGCUGUGAACAACAUGGUGUUUGUUAUUAUGCAGUAGAGCUGCAUUAAAGUGGUUAUGUUUGAGGUCUUCAGUCCUUUCUUUCAGCCUGAGAAUAUGUAGAGUAAAUUACAAACUACUAGAAGUUAGAGUGGGAUGCUCAUCCAGUCAUCAGGUCCGGUCAUCCAGUGUAUCUCCCUGUAGUGCUGAACUGUUUCUUCCUGUAAUUCCUUUCUAGUGUACUGUCUCUUUAGUUUUCAACGUACCGAGCAAUGGAGCUCGUACUACAUCUGUUUUGAGGUGUUUCCACCUUCUUUUGGAAAGAAACAAGGACUAUUUAAAGAGGGAAAUACUGUCAUCCCCAAUACCAAAAUGUUAGGGAGAUUCAUAGUACUCCAAAUGAACAUACAUAUUAUGGGAGAAUGUAACACUGAGAAAAUUUCCACUUUAAGGGUGAUUUUUGUGGAGACAUAGAAAGGGCUUAUAGUGGAGGAAACAGAUAAUGUAUUUUGUGUAUGAAGAAGCCAGUCCCAAUCUCAGUUCCAUCAUGCGAGUCACUAUCGUCUGUAAAAAAUGGUGAUGGUUAGCAGAUAACUCCAAAUUUCUCCAUGACCCAAAGCCUCUGAAGGAAAUUUUAAGAUUUUAUGCAAUAACAACAAUGGUACAAAUCAGAACUGACUGUACAGUGUAAUGGACAUAGUCUAUCUACUUUACAACACAAGGAAGGUCUUUUUUGCUGUCUCCUGUGUUGUGCUUCCCCUUGCCCCAAAAAUUUCCAUUACUGAUGGAAUGAUGCAGAACAAGAGAAAAAAAUGUGUUAAUGCCCUGUGCAUUUACCUAUAAUUUAUGAAAUUAUUAUAACAGUGACAGAAUUGGCAUCU